UAUGAAAACUAUUACCGAUGAAUGGAAUCGAAACCAGAGGAAGAGGCGAUCAAAGCACACCCAAAAAAAGCUAAGAAUAAAUAAAUUCAUUCAUCAAAAUCUUCAUUUUUACUCCUCCAAUUCCUUCAUCACUUUCUCUCUCUCUCUCCCCGUUUCUGAUUCUUCCUCCUAUGAACUUCCCUCCAACUUGUUUCUCCUCUUCCAAUCCGAUUCAGCCUGCCUUGGUCCCAUACUAUCCAUCUCCAGUAAUUUGUAUUAUUCAGAAUCUGUAGUAGAGGAAAGUGGUGGAUAAUCAAUAAGAAUGUCGAGCGGAUCAAUGAGAAGAGUUUCGCGCCAAGAUAUCCAACUGGUGCAAAAUCUUAUUGAACGAUGCCUUCAGCUAUAUAUGAACCAAAAGGAAGUUGUGGAAACACUACUGAACCAAGCAAAAAUCGAGCCUGGUUUUACAGAACUUGUUUGGCAAAAACUUGAAGAAGAGAAUCGUGAAUUCUUCAGGGAGUAUUAUCUGAGGUUAAUGGUGAAGCGUCAGAUAGUUGAAUUCAACAGGUUGCUCGAGCAACAAGUUCGAAUGAUGCAAAUACAAGAAACUGGAAUUACUCCCUUGCCUGCCUCCAAUGGAUCACUCGUCCAACAAAUGCACCAGAAUCCAACAUAUACAGUAUCUUCAUUGAAGCAGAAUAAUGUGCAGCAUCCUUUUGGCAACAGCAUGCCCAACAAUGCGUUUCCCAAUGGUGCUGUGUCAUUGCAUUCAAGAAUCCAUUCAACAGUUGACAUGUCUGCACGUGCGAGUAGGAUCGAAGCGCCACCAUCUGUACUUCCAACCCAAAGCUCAAAUAUAGGUAUGAAUGGUAGGACAAUAAAAACAGAAGUUGGAUAUUCAGGCAAUUCCUCUUACAUGUUUGGGGGCGUUGAUGGUAAUGUGGUGGAAGCACGCCAAACAAUAGGGGACGUAUCGGUGGCACCUUUCUCUGGCAUGGAGUCCAGUGGUCAACCCAUGAAUGAAGCACUGCUGGAACCGGAUACUUCCUCUUUUGGAUUUCUUGGUCAGAUUCCUCGGAAUUUCAGCCUAUCAGAUCUAACUGCAGACUUUUCCCAGAGUUCAGAUAUACUGGAGAGCUAUGCUAGAUCUCCUUUUCUCGCUACAGAAACCGAGAACUUCAUGGAUCAUCAAGGAGAUAAUAAGAAGUCGUUGGAUACCAUUUCAGAAGGCUUGAGUUAUGAGGACUUUGGAAGUGAUUCAUGAGUCCUUAUUAUCUGUUUGGUUAGAUUAAGGUCUUUAAUUUCUUUUGGAGGAAAAGGGGAUGGACUAAUAAUGUUUGGGGAAGUAUCAAACUGGAAAUGCAUCAGAUUUGAAUUUUUUUUAAAAAAAAAAAAGGAAAGGAAAGAAAAAAAAACACAUGCUUCAGAUUAUACUGACAUCACAAUAUGUAGUGGUAAAGCUUUGUUUGGGUCAACUUCAGAAAUGUAUGUAAAGGCAUAAUUCUGCUUCUCAACUUCA